CUUUAAUUCUCAAAAACAGCAUAUUCUUAGUUCACACACGCUUACACUCACACACUCGCACUCACUCUUUCGACUCAAAUCUCAGAAACAACACACAAAGUAGCGAGUGGAUGAUACUUAUAUAGAUAGUGAUAACGGUGGUUUUAACUUCUUCUAGAUUCUUCUUCCUUUUCAUUUCUAACUGCAUUUCUCAAAUCUCAGAUCGAAAAUCAAGGUUAUCAUCAAGGCAGUGUCUACGUUCAUCUGCACUGCUGAUGUAUAUACCAACAAGAUAAUUACAUGGUGGAGAGAUACAACUUAGAUACUUUUGUCUCAGAUGAAUUUUACUAGCUCUACUAUUCUCGAAACACUGUUGCUAUGGGCAUUUGUCUGAUAAAAGGCCAAUGGCUGUGGCUUCUGUAUGUUUUGCUGAUACAUAUUGUAAUUAAUAACAUUGAAGCGAUCAGUCCUGAUGGCGAGGCACUUAUCAACUUCAGGACAGCAAUUACUAGCGAUAUCCUGUUACAAUGGAGGCCUGAGGAUCCUGACCCAUGUAAAUGGAAAGGAGUGAAAUGUGAUCCAAAAACCAAGAGAGUGACACAUCUGAUUCUGUCAUCCCAUAAUUUAAUUGGGACUUUAUCACCUGACCUUGGGAAGUUAGAGCAUCUGAAAGUUAUUGAUCUUCAUUACAACAACCUCUAUGGGAUGAUUCCACCAGAAUUGGGAAAUUGCACUGAAUUACAGGGAAUCUUUUUACAGCGUAAUUACAUUGUUGGAAUGAUUCCAAGUGAAACAGGAAAUCUCUCGCAGCUUCAAGAUUUGGAUAUAUCAGACAAUCUUCUUACCGGGAAUAUUCCAGCGUCAAUUGGAAAGUUGUAUAAUCUAAAAAACUUGUAUGUAGACUUUGUCUGCUAUGAUUGUUCUUUCUUUACGCUCAAUUUUGUUAAUUUGCUAUUUUUCACAUGCAUCUUUCUAAUAGUUUUGUCAUGUUUGAUACUUUGCAGCAAUGUAUCAACCAAUUAUCUGGUUGGACAAAUACCUUCUGAUGGUGUCCUUGCCAACUUUACUGGAAGCUCGUUUGCUGGAAACCCAGGUUUGUGUGGAGUGCAAAUCGAUUCAAGAUGUAAAAAUGAUGGUUUGCCUGGGAAAAUAUCUUCUGACCAAUAUCAAAAUGGAAAGAAGAAUAAUUCUGGCCGACUUCUCAUCAGUGCAUCAGCAACUGUGGGUGCACUACUUUUGGUGGCACUUAUGUGCUUCUGGGGUUGUUUUCUUUACAAAAAGUUUGGUAAAAAUGAUAGAGUAAGUCUUGCAAUGGAUGUUGGUCCAGGUGCCUCAAUAGUUAUGUUUCAUGGAGACCUUCCAUAUUCUUCGAAAGACAUUAUUAAGAAACUAGAGACUUUGAAUGAGGAACACAUAAUAGGAGUAGGGGGAUUUGGAACUGUUUACAAGCUUGCAAUGGAUGAUGGGAAUGUAUUUGCGUUGAAAAGGAUUGUAAAGUUGAAUGAGGGCUUUGAUCGUUUUUUUGAGAGGGAGCUUGCAAUUCUUGGUAGCAUCAAGCAUCGUUAUUUAGUUAAUUUACGUGGAUAUUGCAAUUCACCUACAUCAAAGUUGUUAAUAUAUGACUACCUACCUGGUGGUAGUCUUGAUGAAGUUCUUCAUGAAAGAUCUGAGCAACUAGACUGGGAUUCACGGUUGAAUAUAAUCAUGGGAGCUGCAAAAGGGCUUGCUUACUUGCACCACGAUUGUUCCCCCAGGAUCGUACACCGAGACAUAAAAUCAAGCAAUAUUUUGCUCGAUGGAAAAUUGGAUGCUCGGGUUUCUGAUUUCGGACUUGCCAAACUUCUGGAGGAUAACGAAUCUCACAUCACUACAAUUGUUGCUGGAACAUUCGGUUAUCUAGCUCCAGAGUAUAUGCAAAGUGGCAGAGCAACCGAGAAGACUGAUGUCUAUAGUUUUGGGGUGUUGACACUUGAAGUGCUUAGUGGAAAACGGCCAACAGAUGCAUCAUUCAUUGAAAAGGGUCUCAAUAUUGUUGGUUGGUUGAAUUUUCUUAUUACUGAAAAUAGGCCGAGGGAUAUUGUCGACCCACUAUGCGACGGGGUGCAGGUGGAGAGCCUUGAUGCGUUGCUCUCUAUGGCUAUUCAAUGUGUUUCCUCAAGUCCAGAGGAUCGACCGACUAUGCACCGAGUGGUCCAGUUGCUUGAAUCAGAGAUUGUAACUCCAUGCCCAAGUGACUUCUAUGACUCGAGCUCUGAUUAGAAAGCUCUUGAAGACAAAUUAACCGUAUGUUGUGUUUGCAUCCGUGUUGCUGCAAAUUACUUGCGAGUCAGAAGUGAUGAAACCGGUUAAGAAUCUGCAUGCAACUUUUCAUCUCAAAAUUGCAUUCGUUCAAAAAGUAAGAGUAUGAUGGAAGAUGUUCUUCAUUAGACCACUUCACGACAGGUGUUGCUAUUCCACGGAUAUCAUCAUUCAACAUUAUUGUGAUGGAGUUGCAUGUUAUAUUUCAUAUUUGAUCGUGGUUCCCCCUUCCACUUGUGUUUUCCCCCUCCUUUUGUCAGCAUUUGUAAUCUUAGUCAUAUUGUUCACUCCAAUUUAAGUGUAUAUGAAUAUGUAUAAUCUCAGAAAUUCCACUUUUGCAAGUGAUUCUUGUUAUUUAUUUUUUGUAACAUAUGUUUCCAUAAAAGAAUCCAUCUAAUGAAGGUGGUUGUCAGCUUCUCA